AUGCCGUUGUGGCCCGACGGCGACGAGACAAGCAGUGGCGAGAGGCUUAACGACUACUCCAGCGACGUUCCUCUCAAUGUGCUUGAGCAGUUGUAUGAUCCUGAUUUCUGCGGUAUCGAGACCGAUUGUCCUGAAACUUGUGACCACAAAGAGAAACUGACGAGAUAUGUCGCUUUUGAAGGGGAAAACACCGGCAGAAGGUUCCUGGGAUGGGCUGCUAUUUGUGGAACUGUGCACUGGCUUGAUUUGGAAUGGCCUCCAAGUUUGAGACGUUGUUUGGUUAGGCUGUGGGAGUUGUAUGAUACAGAGUGUAGUCAGAGAAUUAAAGAAUCAUGUGAGUCGUCUUCAGCUUAUUACAAGCUGAAUUUGGAGAAGAAGCAGAUACUGGAGAAGAACAAGGAGCUGCAGAUAGAACUUGGCAAAGCACUUAGUGCUAGUCAGGGUUCAUCAUCCUAA